AAGAACCUUAUACUUUGUGCCCGGAUAGCCUGACAGCUAUAAAAUCAAAGGCUAUUUAUUCCUUUUCUUCUGGCUGGGAAGGUCUUGAGAGCUAAGAUUCUGUGAUUCAGAAGUCAGCUUCAGAUCCGGCCUCCUGGAAGAGAAAAGGGCCCAUCAUAUGCUUAUUUUUCCAGGAUACUGCUUUGGAAAUUGAGUCAGGGACCCAUGGGUGGAAUGAAAAUACAAUGAACAGAAUCACAUUUAUCUGUCUCUGGAGUUUGUGACAAACUCUGCCUGACAACGGGAGGUCUGAAGAUCAGAAGGAACUCUACCCAACGGGAGUCUUUCUCUACAAGACAAAACAGUAUAGAAUCCGAAACAUGUCCACCUUAUUUGAAAAAGUUAGCAAGAAAUUGGCCAAGGAGAUUGACAGAGACCUGAAGAUUGUCAACUUCUCAGAUGCCACAAAAAUCUCUCAGUUUGCUAUAUUACAGAAGAAGAAGAGUACUUCACUGUUUCGGGAAAAACCUGAUGAACCAGUUCAAGUCUCCCUCAUAGACAUCCUGGAACCAAAUUCUUCAGUCUCCAGUAUUGUCAGCCAGGACCAAGAGAGGGAAGGACAGAAAAACAAAGACUACCAUGAAGUGAAAGGACCAUACUUCUUCAGAAAUAUUAUGGUGCAAAAGCAGAAGGCUGGCGUCAGUGUGAGUGCCGGCGUGGAUGCGAGUUUGUCGGGGGAGGCUACGGAGUUCCAAGAGUUCGACCUCGAGUAUCAGAUUGUUACCACCCCAUUUCUAUCCUGGAUAGAACUUAAAAAGAGGAAAGUGUUGGAGUCAAUGCUGUCAGCUCUGAAGAGCCAGACAGCAGCAGAGAACCUAUACGUUGUGACAGAAAUUGUGCAACUGGUCAACAGUCCUAAGCUACAGGAUGUCAGAAGUUUGAAUAUAUUGGGAAAAUUGUUAAUCCCUUGGAAUACUAUUUUCAAGGGGGGAGCCAUGGGAGAGGACAGCAAAAUGGAAAAAAGGGAGAAGAUUCUACAGAAAGGCAUGGUGAUGGCCUAUAAGAAGAAGAAGCUGAUUAUCAAGGGCAACAACUGGGACAUCUCAGAUGAUGACAAGCAGAGAACCUUCCCAGAAGAACAACUGCACAUGUUAAUGUCAUCAGGCCCUGUAAAUCCUACCAUCCUGCCAAUAGACAUCUCAAAUGAUGAUCAGCAGAGAACCUUCCCAGAAGAGCAACUGCACAUGUUAAUGUCACCAGGUGAGUGGGUGAUUUUAGAGCCCAAAGUGGAGUCUGAUCCCCUCAACCCCAUGAGGCUUCUCUGCACAACAAAAGCCCCCUGUGAUUGUGUCUGCAGUCCUUACUUAAGGGCCUGGGAUCUGGCCCCCAGGGCAAAGGGCAGGGCUGGAUGGAAAGCAGAGGGUCAGGGAAGGAGGGGACAGAAGGUGAGAGGCACCGAGUGGCUUCAGACACUGACUCCAAUUUGUCUUCUAGACCCUGUAAAUCCUACCAUCCUGCCAAUAGGAAGAAUAGAAGAACCCUUUUGGCGAGAUUUCAGGUGCCUCCAAGAAGAGGUUUCUGAGAAAGCGGAGGCUGUGGCCCGGCUCCCCAGAGACGUUCAGGAUGUCGUGUUCUCUAGUGUCCAGGACAUGCUCCAGGACCGAGAGGCCCUGGAGGCCCUCGUGCACACGCUUGAACAGGAAUCUUUGGGUCAUUUGAACGGCCCUGGCAGCACCAUCCUAAAUAAGCUGCAAGAGGAUUCCGGGUAUUCAUGGAGUAACACAAAGUACCUCAUCCUUUACCUGCUUGAAGCCAUAGUCGUGCUGAAUGACACCCAACUUGAUCUGCUGGCCCAGUCCAUGGAGAAGGGGAUCCUGCUGCAUCAGCGGGAGCUGGUCCGGAGUAUCCUGGAGCCCAACUUCAAGUACCCCUGGAACAUUCCCUUCACCCUGAAGCCCGCGCUCCUGGCCCCCCUCCAGGGCGAGGCUUUGGUGAUCACCUGUGGCCUGCUGGAGGAGUGCGGCCUGGAGGUGAAGCUGAAUAGGCCCUGGUCCACCUGGGACCUGGAAGCCAACAAGCAGCCUCUGUCUGCCCUGUAUGGGGCCCUGUCGGUCCUGCAGCAGCUGGCGGCAGCCUGAGCCCUGCAUGGGGGGCGUCUGUCCAGAGCGGCCUGACCCUCCCGAGGCCACGCUGUGAGUGCCCUCCCUGGGCUCAGGGCACCUAGGGCUACACCCCUCUGCCUUUCCAGGGGAGAAGAGGGGUGGGGCAGGGCUCAGUGGAGACUCGAUGGAAGGUUCUGGUGGGAUGAAAAUAUCUGUAUCUUGAUAAAGUUUCAUGCAUUUGUCAAAAUUCAUCAAAUAGUAUCUAGAGAUGCGAGCAUUUCACUGUAUGUACAUUUUACUUUAAGAUAGUGUAAACAAAUAUUGAACUCUAAUAUGCAAAUUGAAUGUUUGGGGUGAAUGAUGCUGGUAUCUUUUAAUUUACUCUGAAAUGCGUGAAGAAAAUCAUGUGCGUUAAGGGGUAGAUAAACAGAUAUGUGUCCAAGGAUAUAUGGUGAAAUAUUAAAAAGAAGAAUCCUUUUUUUUUCUUGAAACAGGCUUUGCCUCACCCCACUCCAUGGGAUUGAUGGUAGAAAGUCAGAUACAUGACCAUAGAAUGAAGUAAAAUGUUAAUAAUUGGGGAAUAUGGGUGUAGGAUAUAUAAGAGUUCUUUUUAGUUCUUAAAACAUUUUGUAAGCCUGAAAUUGUUUCAAAUAAAAGCUCUUUUCCAUCUG